AUGGAUCCAGCCAGCUGGGCCAUCUCUGACGUGGCCACGGCGGUAACAGCUUCACUUCUGCUUUAUUGCCAUUGGCGGUGCACCCAACAGGACUUGCGUCGAGGGAUAGAACAGCUCUUUAGCUGCGCCUCCUUUUGCGAUGGGCAAGCCAAGAAUGCCGCAGAGCAGACCAUGGAAGCGAGAAUCGACGAGGAGGUGGGGAAGAUGCGCGUGAAGACCUUCAACCUCUCCUGCCGGGUCAUGGUCCACAUUGGAGUGAUCGCCGUGCUCCUGGCGCUGGUCGAGGCUCCGCGCAGCUUCCGGGGGUUGCUGUGGCUGAUUUGGAUGUUUCUGCCCUACCUCGUAGACCUGGCGAGCGUGCUGGGGUACGUACGCUUCACCCCUUCCAGUGUUCGAUUCAUCUGCAUUGGCAUCUACCUCUGUGCCCUCGGGGGCACGGUGUCAUUGGCUUGGAUCCCGAAGGAUGAGUAUGUUGGACGUGCUGGGGUGUCGGUGGCGGCACAGCUGGUUCUGGGCAUCUCCUUCCCAGACAAGGCGGUGGCAGCACCCUUUGCCUUCUGCUUCAUGGCCGCUUACGUCUGGACCGCCAUAGAGGUCUGCGGAGUGGAAGCCAUCAACGUCUGGUUCCUGUUUCAGCAGGGCUUUCAACUGGUACUGAACAUCUUGGUUCCCGCGGUGCUGGAAAAGAUCAACCGCGACCGGAUCGCGGCAUCCUUCCAGUCCAAGGAUUCUGAUGCCUUGAUCUCUGGCUUCCGGCAGAUGUUGAGAGGCAUUUGCGACGGAGACUUGCUCUUGGACGGGGACUUCAAGAUUUCCGGUAGUGCCGGCUGCCUCAAGCGCAUCCUCGAGACGACGCGAGACUUCGUCGGGGAGCCGUUCCCAGACCUCAUCGACAAGUCCGACAAGGACGCGCUGGUCAUGUUUGAUGACUUCCUCACGCGGAGUACUCCGAAGACGGCCUCUGAAGAGUCGGAACAGCAGCAGAGUACACCGCCAUGUCUUCGGGUGGCGCUGAAAUCGCCCUCUGGGCGAACCGUCCCUGUGGACGUCUUUCACGUCUGCUUACCGAACCUAUUUGGUACAGACUCUGUGCACCACUUGCUUGCCCUGACCGAAGAUUCGGAGGCGCGCGUGCAACCGGAUGCCACGCAGGACGCAAUUCCCCAGAGCCUGCUCAACUCUCGAGGAUCUGGUUCCAUCCGCUCUGCUGCCAGCAGUGACAGCGAAGUCGUGGAGGCGUAUGACGAGCUUGCCGAGCUGACACUGCUGCUGGACACAAGUAGGCAGCUGAUCGACAUCGAGGAAGCUCACAUCCGCUUCGUGCGCCAGUCGGAGCGCGCAGAAAUGCGCUUGGGCAUGCCGACACUCAAACGAUGCCGGGCAUCAAUUGUCUCUUCGGUACAGAAAUCGCAAGCCUUUUAG